CGCCGUGGCAUUGGUUCGCCUCCACGCCCCCCUCCAUUCUCACCGCUCCCACACCCCCUCGCCUCUCUCUCUCUCCGCCUCCGCUCACUGUAGGCUUUGAGGCUCGGUCCCAGCUCGCCGGGGUGGCAGCCAUGACCGCUGUCGACACGGAGGCCUGCGCGGUCGUCGCGACGGCCGCCGACAUCAUCUGCUCGCUCCGCGCCGCCGACAUCGCCGGCUGGACGCCGCCGUGGCGCAAGCAUCCGCCGCCUCCACCUCCCGCCUGCGACGGAGCCGACGCCGACGGGCGGGAGCUGGCCUGGCCGGCCGUGGCGCGGGGGAAGCGGUCCCGCCGCGGGUCCCCAUCAGCGUCGGGUUCGGCCUCGGCCUCGGCCUCGGCGGCGGCGAAGGAGAGGUGCGCGCGGGGCAGCCCGGCGUCCCCCCUCGACUACAGUGGCGGCUCCGGCGCGUCGACGAGCGGCGGAGAGGACGGCGCCUUCUGCUCGACGGCGCCGGCCACCGUCUACCGGCAUGCGGCGCCCGCCAACGCCGCGCCCAGCAUGGUGGGCCUCGCCGGACGGCGGUCGAUCCUGCCGGUGCCACCGCCUCGCCCCGCCGGACAGCGGCCACGGAAGAAGAUGAGGCUACCGGAGAUCCAGCAAAUGGUGCAGUCGCUGUCGGUGGAGAACGAUGCCCUUCGCGAGGAGAUGAAGGCGUUGCAGCGAGCUUGCACGGCGCUGUCCAAGGAAAACGGCAAACUAGAGACAAGGAUAGAUCAAUCAAGUAUGCGACACGGGAUCGUCUCUGAGAAGAAUAAAGGAAAGCCGCAGCCUGAUCAGCGUGCAGCUGAGCAGGAGGCUCGAAACGGCUUUGCGCUCCCUGAUCUCAACCUUCCAGCGCAUGACAACACUGACGGCUCAGCUCACUGAUGGCUUGAAGCUCCAAAUCGGUGCAGCAUCAUUCACUAACCUGGUAAUUAACUGUAUAUAUAGAGGAAGCUGGCUAGAAGGGGCUAUGAUCAUGCACGAGGAAAUUAAACAAGACGGCAAUACCUGUUUGUUUGACAAUUAAGUUACUGAAUUCUAGAGUAGUGACUCAUAUAGUCACUGUAAUUCUCCGGUCUGAUGAAUGCUGUUGUAGGUUCAGAAAGGAGAAUUGGUGUUACAUUUUCUGAUAAUGUUGUUUAGUUCUUACCCCGAACUUCUGUAAUCUGUAUGGAUGCACAGAGGGAAUGUUUUUAUGUAGUUGAAGCUUCAAAAUGAACCCAUGCACGCUGUAGUCUGUUUAAUCUGAACAAACUAAACUGUUGAUGUUCUUUUUAAAAUAUAUAUACGGUGGGUGUUGAAGUAUAA